CAAAUAGGUGAUCAGGCACUUUCCUCUCUACAAUACUCUCCCAAAUUUCACAAUUCGUUCUUUUCCCACAAAAAAAAAAAAAAAAAAGACCAAAAAAAACCAAAAAGAAGAUCCUUUUGGACCCAUUGGUUUUUCCAUAGACCAAUAUCUGUUCUUUGAUUUCCGGUUUGAAAUUUCUUCAGAAUUUUAAUUUGGAGGGUUUUACAUUUUUGAGGUUUCAGAAUCCGACAAGCAUCGCGUGAAUGAUCCUUUUGGGUUUGAUUUGUUUAUCAUUCUGAGUAUUGGGUUUCUCGAUUUGAUUGAAGCCAAGGUGUUUCAAGGGUUGGGUGGGUUUGAUUUCCAUGCAUUUAAUCUAAUUGGAAGAUGUAUAGCAAUUUUAAGGAGCAAGCUAUAGAGUAUGUUAAGCAGGCAGUUCAGGAAGAUAAUGCUGGCAAUUAUAGUAAGGCGUUUCCGCUUUAUAUGAAUGCCUUAGAGUACUUCAAGACGCAUUUGAAAUACGAGAAGAAUCCUAAGAUUAAGGAAGCUAUUACUCAGAAAUUCACUGAAUAUUUGAGGCGGGCAGAGGAGAUCAGGGCUGUUCUUGAUGAUGGGGGGACUGGUCCAGCCUCAAACGGGGGGAAUGCAUCAGUGGCUGCAAAGCCGAAAACGAAGCCCAAGAAUGGAGAUGGGGGAGAUGGGGAUGAUGCGGAGCAAGCCAAGCUUAGGGCUGGGCUUAAUUCUGCUAUAAUCACUGAGAAGCCAAAUGUGCAGUGGAGUGAUGUGGCUGGGCUUGAGAGCGCCAAGCAGGCACUGCAAGAGGCUGUCAUAUUGCCUGUUAAGUUCCCACAGUUCUUUACUGGGAAGAGACGGCCCUGGAGGGCUUUUCUAUUAUAUGGUCCACCUGGAACAGGAAAGUCAUACUUAGCCAAGGCUGUUGCAACAGAAGCAGACUCAACAUUCUUCAGUGUGUCUUCAUCUGAUCUAGUUUCAAAAUGGAUGGGUGAAAGUGAAAAGCUAGUCUCAAAUCUGUUUCAAAUGGCUCGUGAAAGUGCUCCUUCCAUCAUUUUCAUUGAUGAAAUUGAUUCCUUAUGUGGCCAACGAGGUGAAGGCAAUGAGAGCGAAGCCUCCCGACGUAUUAAAACAGAGCUUCUUGUUCAGAUGCAGGGUGUAGGGCACAAUGAUCAGAAAGUUCUUGUUCUUGCUGCCACAAACACUCCGUAUUCCCUGGAUCAGGCCAUCCGACGGCGAUUUGACAAGCGAAUCUACAUUCCUCUUCCAGAUUUGAAAGCAAGGCAGCACAUGUUUAAGGUUCAUUUGGGAGACACUCCUCAUAACUUGACUGAACAUGAUUUUGAACACCUGGCUUAUAGAACAGAUGGAUUCUCUGGUUCAGAUAUUUCUGUUUGUGUCAAUGAUGUACUAUUUGAACCUGUUCGGAAAACUAAGGAUGCUUCUUACUUUGUAAAAACUUCCAAUGGCAUCUGGGUCCCUUGUGGCCCUACUCAACGCAGAGCUGUUCAGGUUACUUUGCAGGAACUUGAAGCACAAGGCCUUGCUUCAAAGAUCCUCCCUCCGCCCAUCUCAAGGACUGAUUUUGAAAAAGUACUAGCUAGACAGAGACCAACAGUGAGCAAAGCAGAUCUGGAGGUGCACAAUAGAUUCACAAAGGAGUUCGGGGAGGAGGGAUGAUGCCCCUUUUGGAUCUUAGUCACAGGACACCUCAUUGAUUGAGCCCUUUGGCUGCCAUCUGGGUGGCAUUGUAAAUCCUGCCAGCCCUUCCAAGAGGGGGAAAAUACUUGUGUGUCAAUGUUAAUUUUUGCCUGUUUCAAAUCAGGUGGAUGUUGUAAAGUGGUGAUACUGAUUUCUGCAUGAUUAAUAAUGCCAACAACGUUGGCUAUUGUCAAUGUCCUGGAAACUACUGCUGGAUUAUUUGAUCAUUAUCUGUCACAUAUGAUGAAGACGAAUCAGUCCAUGGACUAUUCCUCCCCCACCAA